CAAGAUGCAGAGACCUGAAGACAGCAUGAUGACUCCUUUGACUUCCACGUCGCGGUUUAUCCAGGCAGACGACGAUGACGACCUCGACGAAGAGGCUAUCCCCGGGUUCUCGCACCCAGGGAUGCCAGUCACGCCUACAAGUGCGGUAUCAGACAAAGGGAAAAGUCGUGCGACCGAGCAGCUCGCCACCCUGUCUGAAGGCUCACAGCAUCCCCGUACGCCGCUUUCGGGGAACAUUGGCAGUGUGCCGAAUGGCGCUCCCCAGUCCGCGAGACAGACAGUCGGUGGUGUGAGGGUUGAGACUCGACAAACAGGAGUGGAUACACUGGACGAGCCUGUCACCACUACUAUCGGGCGUGAUCUCUUAUCGAUAUACACCAAGCUCGUUCAAGUGCUCUACCCACCGAGAGGAGGCGCUUCCCGAGAAGUAUUGAGAGAUUGGGAUUUAUGGGGGCCAUUCCUGUUUUGUUUGACUCUGGGCAUCCUCCUGAGUGUCAAUGCCUCAGCUUCACAAUCACUGGGUGUGUUCUCAAGUGUCGUGGCUAUCAUUUCAUCGGGCUCCCUUGUUGUGACAAUACAGGCCAAGCUGCUCGGCGGCAGAGUGUCUUUCUUUCAGGGUCUCUGCGUUUUCGGAUACUGCGUCGCGCCAUUGAAUGUUGCUGCUCUAGUCUCCACGUUCGUCCAUCUCAUCUAUGUCAGAGCUCCGAUAGCCCUCGCCGCCUGGGCCUGGUGCGUAUGGGCGGCCGUCAACUUCCUUGAUGGCACAAAGAUCGAGCAACAGCGAAUAUUCCUCGCCGUAUAUCCGCUAUUGCUUUUCUACUUCAUCCUUGCUUGGAUGAUUAUUAUCCAAUGAUGGGUCGUCUUGGCUCUCAAUCACCCGUUCAAAUACAGUAUCAUUGAACAUCUCGUCAGCGUAAUUGCGUGCACAAGGGACACAAAGGGACAUACAACUAACCGAGGCUGCUGCCAAUGUGUCUCAUUUCUUAGUAUCGGCAGCAUCGUCAAGUAUAAUCAUCGCUGCACUCUCCUACACUCCGGUUCCAUUGAAAUAUAUUACGCGGGGUUGUCCAAACACCAGACAUCUACUGUAUAUGCAAAAUGACCCGAGAGAUGUAAGGAGCGACUGGGGACUCAGUGCGAUGCGAAGAUGUUGAGACGGAAGGUGCUUGCAACAGGUCAACCAAGAGAGAAACUUAAAGAACAGCUGAGUAUCGGGCGGCGGCAGGACGAUCAAGACUCGGGGCGACCUCUUGCUGUCAUGAUGUAGUGACCAAAGCUGCCUCGUCUUCGGACGGAAUGAUGGUAGAGGUCUUGAUUCGCAAAAAGGCCCUGGCAGUCAUGGCGGUCUGGACGAUCACGACAGCUACAUAGGCUGUGACGGCCAUUGCGAUGUACUGCUCGGCAUCAUCUGUUGUACGAUGCGCUGCAUGCUCCAUGUCGAAGCUGGAGAUGACGGCAGACGCAACGCGGUACAUGAUGAAUGCGGCAAUACCGCUUGCGGUCGAAGUGAAUGGGGUGGCGAGAAUCAAUGGCAUGCUGACACACGAGGUACUGAUAGCUGUCGCACCCGUGAUCCAAGCCAAUGUAACAUAGCACGAACUGGAGACGUGCGUCAGUGUGUCCAUAAAGAGUACGCUCAACAUGAGACCAGAGAGCAGGUUCGCCAUGCUUAGCACGAUGAGUGCUCGCAACACGAGAUGCUUCUCUACUUCAGCUCUGGUCUCUUCCAUGUUGAAAUACGUAAUGGACCUGUGGACGAUGCUUCAGCGUAGAUAGGUGUAUCACGGAGGACGUACAUACAGGAUUGUGGCCAGAGACACCAAGACGUUGUAAUAAGAUUGAGUGUUGUACUUCUUCAUGUAGAGCUGAAAUGGCACAGCAUCGACUACUGGACAUCCGAUGCGACGUGGGGAGGCGUUGUCAAUUGUGAGGACGCCAGUCAACUGCCUGCGAUGGAGUUGAAAUACUGCAACGCCAAUUACGACGUCCAACGAGGUGAUGCCCUUUAUGGCGCCUUCAACAAAGAGUGCGUUGAGUGAGGACCACGAGACCAUGGUGUGUCGAUGCGGGGACUUUUAGGCUGAGGGGUAGGGCUGAAGAUAUAGAGGUUCCUAUAUCUUGGAAGUACAGCCCUCAAAUAGUCCGAGGCGCAGCAGCAAAAAGUGCCAAAAUAUGAAUUAUAAUGUCACCCGCAGGCC